ACCUUCCGCGUAGUGGCUGUGGACUCUUGAGAGUCGUCAGUGGCCGAAGAAGAGCGUCCCGCCCGAGGCUCUACGAUCGCUGCGCGACGAGAGCCACGAAUCCGGAAUACCGUCCAGGACCGAGCUGCCAGCAGCACCAGAUAUAUAAUACACCGAAAAUGCUGUUCUCAAUACUAUUAGCCGUCGCUGCCUCCACCCUGGCAGCGGCGCAUAUCGUCAUCUCUUAUCCCGGAUGGCGAGGGAACAACCUGAUCCAGAACGAUACCUUCCCUUACGGAAUGCAAUGGACAUACCCAUGUGGUGGACUCGGGGUGACAACGAAUAGGUCGUACUGGCCGACCACGGGCGGAGCCGUCGCAUUUCAGCCUGGUUGGUUUCAAGGACAUCAGACCGCAUUUCUCUACAUCAACCUCGGUUUCGGGACCGACGGCCCGGACGGAGGGCCGUUUAACCUCUCCUUCCCGAUGGUCUCGCCGUUCCAACUCCUCGGUCCUUCGAAAGGCCCGUACCCGGGGACGGUGUGCUUGCCGCAAGUCCCGUUGCCGGCGAACAUGACCUUCAACGCCGGCGAUAACGCGACGAUACAAGUCGUCGAGCUGGCCCAACACGGCGCCUCUCUAUUUUCGUGCGCCGACAUUACGUUUGCCGAACCCGGCGAUGAGAGGAUCACCAAAGUCGACGAGUCCAACUGCUUCAACACCACCGACCUCGGGUUCGCCGACAUCUACACCAUCACGAGGAAGGAGCUGGGCGCGGCAGCCAAUAUGACGACCAGCGGCGCCGCUCGUCUCUGGCACCGCAGUUCCACCACAUGGAGCUGGCUAGGAUACCUGCCGGUGGUUGCCGGUUCUCUGUGGUUCCUGUUAUGAUUUACAACGAGAUGAUGGGUUUAUGAUGGCAAGGCGAUGGUAUUGGAGCGAGAUGCGCGUAGUCUCGUCACUGUAUUCCCAGUCGUCCUUGCGUCUUGUAUACACUGUUGAGCAUAUCAAAUCGGCGUACAGGGCGGAUGGGCGGGAGGUAUUUUCUAGGUGUUGAGGGGUUUAUAAUUUCGUGGAGAUUCGUGGAGAAAUGAUACCUCAGCUUUCUUUUGGCUGUCUACCUACCGUUUUAGGACGGCAGCCUUGUGGGAGGCCUACAUCGUAGAAACCCAGCUCGCCCGGAGGAAUUGUCAGAUAUUGAGCGCUUGGGAGAGGGCUUCGCUCCCUCCUUUGGCGACAUUUCUGCUGAAUGUGCCUUCCUAUG